AUGUCUUUUGUUAGCAGGGCACAUUUCAUACAGCUGCGGGGCUUCUCGCGCUCUGCUGUCGCCUACGCAAAGAAAUUGAACAAGUACUCGUCUAUUGUCACCGAAGAUGUUUCUCAAGGUGCAUCCCAGGCCAUGUUGUACGCUACUGGUUUCUCGGAUGAGGACUUCCACAAGGGCCAGGUUGGUGUUGGAUCCGUCUGGUGGGGAGGAAACCCCUGCAAUAUGCACUUGAUGGACCUCAAUGACCAGUGUACCGAGUCUGUCAACAAGGCUGGUCUCAAAGGCAUGCAGUUCAACUCUAUCGGUGUUUCUGAUGGUAUCACCAACGGUACCGAGGGUAUGAAGUACUCUUUGCAGUCCAGAGAGAUUAUCGCCGACUCCUUCGAGACCAUGAUGAUGGCCCAGUUGUACGACGGUAACAUCGCCAUCCCAUCUUGUGACAAGAACAUGCCCGGUGUGCUUAUGGCCAUGGGUAGACACAACAGACCUUCUAUCAUGGUCUACGGUGGUACUAUCAUGCCUGGAUCGCCUUCUUGCUCUUCUCCCGAGGUGGGUGAGAAAAUCGACAUCAUUUCCGCUUUCCAGUCCUACGGUCAGUACUUGUCCAAAUUGAUCACCAAUGAAGAGAGAAAAGAUGUGGUUCGUCAUGCCUGUCCUGGUCCCGGUGCCUGUGGUGGUAUGUACACUGCCAACACCAUGGCUUCAGCCGCCGAGGUUUUGGGUAUGUCUUUGCCAUACUCCUCUUCUGCUCCAGCUGUUUCCAAGGAAAAGGCUGAAGAGUGCGCCAACAUUGGCUAUGCCAUCAAGCACUUGAUGGAAAUCGACUUGAAACCCAGAGACAUCAUGACCAAGAAAUCUUUUGAAAACGCCAUCACCUAUAUCAUCGCCACCGGUGGCUCCACCAACGCCGUGUUGCACCUUAUCGCCAUUGCUUCCUCUGUCGGUGUGGAAAUCACCGUGGAUGACUUCCAGAGACUUUCUGACAGCACUCCAUUGUUGGCUGACUUCAGACCUUCCGGCAAAUACGUCAUGGCUGAUUUGCAAGCCAGAGGCGGGACCCCGGCUGUGGCCAAGAUGUUGAUGGAAGAGGGCUUGCUUGAUGGUGAUCAGAUGACCGUUACCGGCUUCACGCUCAAGGAGAACUUGGACAAAUUGCCAGGUUUGCCCGAGGGCCAGGACAUUGUCAGACCUUUGUCGAACCCAUUGAAGCCAAGCGGCCAUUUGCAGAUUCUCAAGGGUACUUUGGCUCCAGGUUCUGCUGUGGGUAAGAUCACCGGUAAGGAGGGUACCUACUUUAAGGGUAAGGCUAGAGUUUUCGAUGCCGAGGACCUUUUCAUUGAGGCCUUGCAGGCUGGAGAGAUCAAGAAGGGCGAGAAGACCGUCUGUGUGAUCAGAUACGAGGGACCUAAGGGUGGUCCAGGUAUGCCUGAGAUGUUGAAGCCUUCUUCUGCACUUAUGGGUUACGGUUUGGGCCAGGACGUUGCACUUUUGACUGACGGAAGAUUCUCUGGUGGAUCCCACGGUUUCUUGAUUGGCCACAUUGUCCCAGAGGCCGCUGUGGGUGGUCCAAUUGCCUUGGUGUACGAUGGUGACGAGAUCGUCAUCGACGCUGAAAACAACAGAAUCGACUUGUUGGUCGACGAGGCCGAGUUGGCCGAGAGAAAGAAGAAGUGGCUGGCUCCAGAGCCAAGAUACAAGAGAGGUACCUUGCGCAAGUACUCUCUUUUGGUGAGCGAUGCCUCCAAGGGCUGUGUCACCGACUUGUAA